AUGAUUAUAUUCAAUGUUCCGGAAUCUGAUGAUAAUACCUCGGCAAAUGAUUCUUCUGUAAUUAAAUCUAUUUUUGAUAGUCUAUCAAUUGUUAUGACUCCUACAGCCAUCAAUAGAUUAGGUAGAAAAUCUACAAAACCUCGCCCGUUAAAAAUUUCUCUGCAAGAUGCAUCUGAUGUUUUCGUAAUUUUGAAAAACAAACACAAAUUGCGUUCAACUCCAAAUUACUGCUCCAUUCGUAUUUCUCCGGACCGCACCCAAAUGCAACGUGAUCAACUGCGAAACGUAUAUGCCAAGCUUGAAGAACGAAAAGCAGCUGGUGAGACAGAUUUAAUUGUCAAGUUCUUAAAAGGUAUCCCAACUAUCUCAAAAAACUAG